GGGGGACGUGUGCGGGCGUCUCCGCCAUCUUGUGACUCUAUAACUCGGAGCCGUUGGGUCGGUCCCUGCUAUUCCUGCGCCUCCGCUCCGUCCCCCGCGGGUCUGCUCCGUGUGCCAUGGACGGCAUCGUCCCAGACAUAGCAGUUGGUACGAAGCGGGGAUCCGACGAACUCUUCUCCACGUGUGUCAGCAACGGCCCCUUCAUCAUGAGCAGCUCGACUUCAGCAGCCAAUGGAAAUGAUAGCAAGAAGUUCAAAGGCGACAACAGGAGCACAGGGGUUCCAUCCAGAGUCAUCCAUGUCCGCAAGCUACCUAGUGAUGUCACUGAGGGCGAGGUCAUCUCCCUGGGGCUGCCCUUUGGGAAGGUUACCAACCUCCUUAUGCUGAAGGGGAAGAACCAGGCCUUCAUUGAAAUGAACACUGAGGAGGCUGCCAAUACCAUGGUCAACUAUUACACGUCAGUGGCACCCGUGCUGCGUGGACAGCCCAUCUACAUCCAGUUCUCUAACCACAAGGAGCUCAAAACUGACAGCUCGCCAAACCAGGCGCGUGCCCAGGCAGCCCUGCAGGCCGUGAACUCUGUGCAGUCCGGAAAUCUGGCCUUGGCAGCCUCUGCUGCUGCCGUGGAUGCUGGAAUGGCAAUGGCAGGCCAGAGCCCAGUGCUCAGGAUCAUUGUGGAAAACCUCUUCUACCCAGUGACCCUGGACGUGCUGCACCAGAUCUUCUCUAAGUUUGGUACAGUCCUGAAGAUUAUCACAUUCACCAAGAACAACCAGUUCCAGGCGCUGCUGCAGUAUGCUGACCCUGUGAGCGCCCAGCAUGCUAAGCUGUCGCUGGAUGGCCAGAACAUCUACAACGCCUGCUGCACGCUGCGCAUUGACUUCUCCAAGCUCACCAGUCUCAACGUCAAGUACAACAAUGACAAGAGCAGAGAUUAUACUCGGCCCGACUUGCCUUCUGGGGACAGCCAGCCUUCUCUGGACCAGACCAUGGCGGCAGCCUUUGGUGCGCCCGGCAUAAUGUCAGCCUCUCCGUAUGCAGGAGCCGGGUUCCCUCCCACCUUUGCCAUCCCUCAGGCCGCAGGUCUCUCUGUUCCUAACGUCCACGGAGCGCUGGCCCCCCUAGCCAUACCUUCUGCUGCUGCAGCUGCUGCCGCUGGCCGCAUCGCCAUCCCAGGCCUGGCAGGCGCAGGGAAUUCUGUCCUUUUGGUCAGCAACCUGAACCCUGAGAGAGUCACACCCCAAAGCCUCUUUAUUCUCUUCGGCGUCUAUGGUGAUGUGCAGCGGGUGAAGAUUCUGUUCAACAAGAAGGAGAAUGCACUUGUACAGAUGGCCGAUGGCAGCCAGGCCCAGCUGGCCAUGAGCCACCUGAAUGGGCACAAGCUGCAUGGGAAGUCAGUGCGCAUCACACUGUCAAAGCAUCAGAGUGUGCAGCUGCCUCGUGAGGGACAGGAGGACCAGGGCCUGACCAAGGACUAUGGCAGCUCACCUCUGCAUCGCUUCAAGAAGCCGGGCUCUAAGAACUUCCAGAACAUCUUCCCACCCUCAGCCACUCUGCACCUAUCUAAUAUCCCGCCCUCUGUGUCAGAGGAUGACCUCAAGAGCCUCUUCUCCAGCAAUGGUGGUGUGGUCAAAGGCUUCAAGUUCUUCCAGAAGGACCGCAAGAUGGCACUGAUCCAGAUGGGCUCCGUGGAGGAGGCAGUGCAGGCGCUGAUUGAGCUGCACAACCAUGAUCUGGGCGAGAACCACCACCUGCGUGUGUCCUUCUCAAAAUCUACCAUCUAGAUGCGCGUGGGCCUGCGACAGCUUCCACCAUUCCAGAAAAGCCACUUUAAAAGCAGCUGAAGUGACCUUACAGACCAGAGAUUUUAUUUUUUUAAAGAGAUCAGUUUACCUGUUUUUAAAAAAAUUAAAUCUAGUCCACUUUGCUGUGGCGGGAAAUGGCUUAGGCCACAGAGGCCCAGUCAGGCCCGGCACCAUGCCUUGAGGAGCUCAGGCGUGAGGCCACAGCGGUGCCCCCGAACACAGCCGCUUUCUCGUGCCUUACAAAACCAGCCCACUUUGCGGCCACACACCCACCCUCUCCAGCCACCAAGUCUGUCGCUAGACCUGCCGGUGAGCCGAGGCCUGCAUUGCAGGCCCCCUAUGCCGUGCAGGAGCCGUGGCCACCGGCCCCCACCCCUUAUAAUCAAGUGACAUGAUUCUCCCAUGUCCCUGGCCUGCCCAGGAGGCCCAGGCCAUCCUCAGCUGCCGAGCCUCAUGUGACCUUUGUAUUCUGUUCUCUGUGGUCACAGACACCUGUGCCUAGCAAUAUUUCCACUUGACCAAAUACCCCAAUCUUUUUCCAUUUAUAAGAGAUAGAGUUUUAAGUAACUUUUAUAGCGAUGAUACAGUGGUAUGUGUGUACUCUAAGCUUCUGUGUCCUGUGCUCGUCUCCUCCUUCCUGUUGACCAACUUCCAGGUGGGGCCCAGGCCAGUGCUGCCCCUGCCUGGGAAAACAGCCCUGAGACCAUUGGGCUCCUACCUUCAAAUUUUGGACCAAAGUUUUUUUUGCCUGCCUCUGACUAGGCCCAGGUGAGGGGCUGACCUCCAGGCCUUAAUGCCCCUCCCGAUAUGCCCAUGUCGUGCCUAGCCUGUCUCUAGGGGAGGGGUUCCCUGGACCUUGGUUCUGUGAAGGAGUGGCAAGAGUGUAAAUAUUUAUGAUUUUUAUACCUGUGUGGGGCUGAGGCAGUGCAGCAGUUUUUUAUGGUGACAGAUAUAUAUUUUGGUAACAACUACAGGCUCAGUAUUGUCCCAGGGCCAGCCCUGGCUACAUUCCACCCCGUCCCAAAUGGUAUGUUGGGGAGUUUCCAUUAAAGCAGUUUUCUAACCUG